AUGGACAUUGCAGAGCUGCUGAAUAAUCGUGUGGAGGAAGUGGCCGCGUUCUCCACCUUGCUGUUUCGAAAGCGCCCCCGUGAGGAUGACGAAAACACUUAUCUUUGCCCGGAGGGGAGGAGGAUAGUCUGCUACCGCCGUCCAUCUUCGGCGAACGUGCCGCUCUCUGAUGUGGUGCGACUCGCGAAGUCACGUAUGCGGCGCACCGAGCGAUUCGCACGUCUGGCGGUCGGUGAAGGGUCUACAUCAUAUCGAAUGCCAAAGGUGAGCACUAAAAAUGGGAAGAAGCGACUCCUGACGUAUGCGCAGUGGUGCCUGUUGCUGAAGCGGCGGAGGCGUUUUGCAUUGAGGCGGCGGCCGUCUGCAUGUCGUCGGAUUCGGCGGCGCACCAUUGCUCUCCGGCAGGGCAAGAUGCAGCGGCCACUCUGCUGCUGUGGUGAGUCCCCAGAAGCCGCUUCUAACUCUUGGUUAGAAUCAUCAAGCGUAGGGAAGCGGACUGCAGUGUUGUGGCUGCCGUCACACCUGCAGUUGUGCCGUCGGUUUCAUUAUAGCGUUGUGAAGCGGCGCGUUAAUGGGUGCUCUGUGGCAGGUGAUGGCAGUUCUUCUCACCUCGUUACCGUCAGGCUUGCUGUGCCGACAAGAAGUCAGCGAAAGCAGCAUAGAGUACUGCAGAGGUGGGUGGCGCGCUUGUCGUCGUCUACGACUGCUUUAAAGUCUCCCAGGCGUCCUAUGAGUAAACCAAUGGCAGUGCCACCACCAGUGUGUUUUGCUGCUGAGCGCUCACACAUGUGCGUUUGGACGAUCCAGCUGAAUGGAACCGAGCACAAUUUGUCUGUGGAAAUGGUGAUGGAUUUUUUGAUGAUGCGCACGAAUGGUACUCCCCGAGUUGCGUCGUAUACAAAAGACUUUGCAUACGCUAACUGUGGCUCUGUGCCUGUCGAUGAGACAUGGAGGCGAUGGGAGAAUGGGGUCUUUUACGGAACCAUGUGGUCCUACGAAAGGAAGCUAGAGAAGGUGGAUUUGCCAAAACCACAUACUGGGCUGGAUGACUCAGCAGCAACGCCACUUGUUGUUCCCGUUGUACUUCUGCGUGAUAAUCGAGAGAAUAGGGCCGCAUACAUUUUGGUAGCACCUGUCCCAGUUUAUUUUGGACCCCGUGCAUGCCGUAAUUUGAGUAUACGACUCGUUUCUUAUUGGAACCCGUGCGGCGCACCAACCGCCUUGGGCUCCGUGUUGGAACUGUGGUGUUGCGCGGAUGCUGUGAAGACGCACAAUGCCGAUCUGGCAUCAUCAGGCAGCGGAUCGCUUAGUGCGGCGUGGGCACAGCAGAGAGUGGAUGCCGCUGAGGUGAGGGGGCGUACUGUUGGUGGAGGCUCUUCACGCACGCCGGGGGAAAAGCAACAGGGGGUAAAGGUGUCUCCUGGCUCACCUCACUUGACGACUACAGAAACGAUGUCAGUGUGUGUCUUUCCCUCAUUCUCUCCAACACUUGAAACCGUCGACCACGGAACGUACCCCAUUCACAGUUGCGUGAUGACUGUUCUUGUGCUGUCAGGAAAGCCUCCGUACCAUUUGGAGAGAGGUGGCGCAACCAGGUGUCUUGUGUGGCAGUACCGCAAGCGUCACUUUCAAUUCACCAGGCACGUCUUCUUCUCCCUCACAUCCGCGACUGCAGCUGCAUGGAGGGCGACGCGUAGUUGUGUUGACAGGACAUCAUUGGCGUUUCGUCAAUGCAAAGCACGUGGGUACGCGCGUACUGUACGUAUGAUUGGCGAGGACGAGAGAGAAGUGCUGUUGCGCCUUGCCGGCUGUGCGGCGAUUUCCGACGUAGGCGGUAGCAAUGCAGCCUUCCAAAAAUCACGCAUGGCUCGGUUGUGCUGCACGCCGUCCAAUGCGCAUCAGCGCGUCCUCCUCAAAAUUGCAUUGAAGGGUGGUCGAGAGCAUCAGGUAGAGGGGAGCGCACUUCUCCUGCUGUAUCCGGGGGCUCCUGCUGAGCUGGUACAUAUUGGAACAAUUACCUCUGCAUCCUUCUUUUCGAUGCGCUUUGGUUGUCGCGUCGCAUAUGCGUGGGUAUGGGAAAGCAGCGGCUGGGAAUUGAUGCAGAGGCACAUCCAGCAUGGAAGAAGCAUGGCACCCUGUGACCACCACAGCGAAAGUAGCGGAAAGCCGGCGGGGAUUCAGAAGGGAGCAGCUGAGCGUGGUGCUAAAGAUAGUGGUAUGUGCUGCUUUCUGUCCGGGUCCGAGAAACUGCCGCGUCUCCUGCCGUUGCUGAGUAAAUCACCGGUACGCGUUGAAGGCUGCUCCACUCCGCUGUGCCGAACGCGCCGAAGGCGGUGUCAGCGAGGAAAUGAGGCGGUCGCUUCGGCCCCCUCCGCCCUGAAAUGUCCUGCUGAAUGGCGGGCGCUGGAGGUGGCGCUGUGUGACAGGGACUUGUGUCUCCCAGUUGAGGUGGUUCUUCUUGGUGCUGCGCCGUCGUUUUCUCAGCCACAGACUGAUUGUAACAUGAGAUGA